AUGUACAGAUCAAAAUUUGAAAAUUCGCAAAAGCGAAAAGGUCUCGAUUCAGCGCGGAACGUUCUCCUCCUGGAACGAGAAAAUGCGUAUGGAACUUUUCGGGAAUUUCUCGUGAAUAAUGUUGUACAAAAAGGAAAAAGUUUCUUCUACUCUUUUUUAAAAGACGUUUAUCUGCAGUGCCUCGAAGAGGAAGGCGAUAAAUGUUGUAAAGAUAUUCCCAAUGCUUUCUCAGUCGAAAAAUUGAAAGAUAAGAUUCUGGCCGACAAACAGUUAAAGGACCAUGUCAAAUUUAUCCAUAGGGGACAAAACCUCGUCCUUUUGCCGAAAUCAGCAAAUUUAGAAAAUUUCAAUUUUGAUGAACUCGUCCGGCAGGAUGUUAUUGCAAGAGCAGCCUUUUUGAUAAGGAGAGAGAUUCUGGACAUGGAGAAAAAGGAAUUGCCAGAUCCCUUGACAGCGGACGCUCUAAUUGAGGGGGAAUGUUCGUUACCUGAUAAUCUUUCAAACUUCUACAAAUAUUUGUUAAGCGGUGGAAACUCUAGGAGGAAGAAAUCUGACAGUUUCAAAAGAAAAACCGAAUCUCUGGCACAGGAUGUUAUAGAUGAUGUAACUAACGGAGGGGUCAAGCCUUCCAAACACAUCACUCUCGGAAUGGCGGUGAAAAGCCUUACAAGCAGCAAAAUAGUUGUAGAUAUUCUCAAUUCUCUGGGGCACUGCUGCUCCUAUACAACCUUAUUAGGCUUUGAAACGGAAAUCACGUAUACCUGUGUUCAGUCUAAUAGAAUAUGUCCGAAUGACAUAAGUACAGUCCCGAAUUUGAACACUGGAUUGGCGUAUAAUAAUUUCGAUAAAUUUGUGGAGACUAUCGAGGGCCGAGAUACGCUCCAUGAUACCGUUGGUAUCAUUUUUCAGGACAUAGAUAUACUCACGAACCCGGAGGGUUUGCUCCCGAGUCAAGAGAUACCCACUCCCAUGUGGGUUGGCUAUAAUUCUAAACUGAUCCAAGACACCUGCAAACAGCAAAGAAUGUCCUAUCUCACUCCAUUGAAUGCCUCGCCCACAGACGACAGCGUUGUUCUGGAGACGCUAAAGCAGGCACAACAAGUCGCCGAAGGGUGCCAAGAGAAAUAUGCACAAGUGACAUACGACCUGGCUGUGGCUAUACUGGUAGAUAGCGGUAUCUUGGCGAAUGGGUCUUUGUCCUCGUUCCUUUCGGGGAAACAUUUCCAUCGAGGUGAAAGGUUGUACCCCCUCAUUGCUUUGGCUUUGGAGAUAAUCCAUUUUCAGCACUUCGUAGAGUGCAACGAAGAUGUGAGCAAUAUUUUAACAAGUAAUGAGGAGGACAUUGUUUCAUAUUUGGAAACCUUUCAGAAUGCUAGAUCGGAAAAUCCAAAAGUCGAGAACGAUAUAAUUAUUGGGGUACUCGAAAAAUACGAUAAGUUUCGGCAAGACACUUUAGAAGGGCUACACGGCAAAACUGGUCAGUUUCGUCUUAUUUAUUGCACACUGGUCUCGCAUUAUCUGGAAUUCGACACAGCCAUCAGAACAGGCAAUCAUGACUUGUUCUUAUACGAAAUUCCAAAAAUAUGCAAUUUAUUUUUUUCGUUCAACCACCAAAAUUAUUCGCGCUGGUUAGUCCAGUAUAAUGAGAACCUGCUAAGUGUAGAUGAGACUCAUCCAGGGUUGAAAGAUUCUUUUCUAGCCGGCAGUUUCGGGAUGAAAAGGACUGAAAAACCGUUCUCCAAAAUUCCCGUUGAUCUCACCUUGGAGCAGACGAUCAACGCGGAUGCUGCACGAAGUCUCACCGGCAUAAGCCCCUUCACAAAUUCUCUGACAGCUCGGCAGCGCUGGAGUAUAAGCCACGGGAUGCGAACGGCUAUUUUGUCUCACAUUUAUGACGUGACUGGUGUAAAGAGGAAACAAGAUGUGAGCAAAGAUUUGAUGCCCAGCAGACUGAAAAAGGACAAUGUUCAUCUCAUAAAACUAGUCGAUGCAAUCACCGACAGAUUGAAUCCCUUUUCCCCUCGCCUGAAAGUGGAUGAAUUGUAUCAGUUGUCAACUGGACAACCUGCUCCUGCUGAGAUUGCUGACUUACUUCUGGGAGUUUUAGAAAAAGGCGACGAGUUACGAAAAAAUUUCAUUUCUGAAUGUAUCGACGAUGAAAAAAAUGAGCGUUUUGAUAGAGCGAUUAAGAGAGUAGCUGUCAGCAAUUUUGCCAUCUUGAAAACAAAAAAAAAACUUAAAGUUGGAAAGCAAGUUGAGGAGGUCACCAUCCAACGGGACUUGUUCGGAAGGCUACUCGCUAUCUCUCUGAACAACAAAAUCGACUUAGAAAUAGUGAUGAAGUAUCCGAUAACCCCAGUCCCGAAUGUUUUUUGUCACAUGAACGGACAAAUACAUAAAACUGAUAAGUCGCCUACGUUCGGGCUCUUAGCUCUGCAAAUUCUGAACAACUUGUGCUCGUUGAAAAGUCGCAAAAUAGACAUCAUUUUUGACACUUACCCUAAACCGUCAAUAAAAGCCACCGAGCACAAACUACGUGGAAACCUGGAUGUCUAUGCUGGUGUCAUCCAGGCAAACCUCAGUCUCCCGAAAGGGACCUUUACGGCAAAUUUGAAGGACGCAUCACAAAUUAUAGGAGACAAGGUUAUAAAGGUGAACUACAGGAAAUGCUAUGAAUACAGAUCUUCUGCGGGGCAAGUAAUAAGAAGUGAAUGCCAUGAGUUGUCAAGUGACAAGUACGAGGAGGCCGACACAAAGAUGAUUUACCACGCCUGCAAGAGCCAGAAAAGAAUCGUCAUCAAGUGUUCGGAUACCGACGUGCUUAUAGUUUUACUUUCAAACAUUGGACAAAAUGGAGAAAUCUGCGAAAUAGGUGUAUCGACAAAACGCCAGUUUAUUAAUGUAUCGAAAUUGCAUGAGAAGCUGGGAAAUACUCUCGCACAGGCUCUUCCAGCAUUUCAUUCGUUCACUGGUUGUGAUCAAAAUCCAACGUUCCACCAGAAAGGGAAGAAAAGACCCUUCAAUCUACUCAAGAAGUCUGACGAAUUUCAGAAGGCAUGUAAGAUGAUGUCCAGUUUAGACAUAAUAAGAUCUCAGCAGGAGUACAGGAAUACCUUCCAAUCUAUACAAAAGUUUGUAUGCCUCAUGUAUGGGCUGAAGAAAGAGACUGAGGUAAACCGGGCCAGACUGGCCGUGUUCUCGGCAACGUAUACACCAAAGAAAAACUCCGAGAAGUUGCUGAAAACUUUAUUUAAGUACGACCCCUCACGACUGCCGCCUUGUGAAGCUGAACUAGUACAGCACUUCAGGCGGACUGUUUUCAUUUCCCAGCUGUGGAGCGGCCUACGAAAACCGCUGCAGCUGAGGAUAGAAGAACUUUCUGAGAAUUUGGAAAAUGAUGGAGACUGUACGGAAUCGCCUGAAAGUUCAGACACCGAAAGCGAGGAUGAAGGAGAUUAUGAUGGCACAGACACAGAUGAUACCGAUGAAGAUGCAGAAUAA